GCAAUUUGAUUUCAAAAUUUCAUCGAAUUUUGCAAUGAGAAUGGUGUGGUGUUGCGGUUUUUCUCGGUAGCAUUUCCUCAAGCCAAUGGACAAGCGGAGGCGGCCAACAAAAGUAUUUUGCAUGGGUUGCACACCAGGCUGACAAGCGCCAAGGGAAGAUGGGUGGAGGAGUUACCUAGUGUUUUAUGGGCACACCGGACGAUGUACAAGACAGCCACGGGUGAAACUCCAUUUGCUAUAACUUAUGUGGGGAGGUGGUCAUUCCAAUCGGGGUCACUGUUCCAAGCUAUUGGGUGGCUCAUCACGACCCCACCAACAAUGAUAGAGAACGAGUCGAGGAAUUGGACUUGGCAGACGAAAGGCGAGAAGUUACCGCGGUGCGCCUAGAGGCUAUGAAGAAGCAAGUCGCAAGAUACUAUGACAGGAAGAUGCGCCCACAAGCCAUUGAAGUAGGCGCCCAGGUUCUGAAAUGGGAUUUUCGUCCAGACUCCCGGGAAGGAAAGUUGGCGCCAAAGUGGAAGGGUUCAUAUCGUGUUCGCGAGGUCGUAGGCACCGACACGUUCAAGUUGGAAGACCUCGAUGGCAAGACGGUAAAGAGGACAAGGAAUGCACAAAACUUGCGUCUCUACCAACCAUGCUCGGUCGUCUCUCCCUGAAUUCAUGGAUGGUGUCAGGCUCCAGGAUAGUAGUAUUUGCUUUUUCUAUCUUUUUUGAGUCACAAGUGUGGUAAUUGCGAUACGCUCGUAUUGUUUCCAAAGUGCCCAAUAUAGUAGCGCCGUAAUGUGUCAAAAGCGCCCAACAUAUGUAGCGCCUUAGCAGUGUUAAAGCGCUCGUAAUCAGUAAGAGCCCAUCCAUGUUUUAAUGUCCCUUUCCAAAAUGUGUUAAAGCGCCCAACUUCGCGCUCUUAAACUAAAACAAUGUUUGGACAAAACAGGCCACGCAAAAGCGCCCAACCUCGUACCCUUUCAAACGGAAAAGAAAUAACUUUAAAGCGC